AUGCCAAAACAUCAGAGACCAAAAGCACACUGCAUCUCGGAGGUUGUCAACCUCUGCAGCGAGACUCGCCAGGAUAGCUCCCAGAAUCUCCCCUCUUCGCAUCGGACCUUUGCGCUCCAAGAUGUGCUGCUCGAUGAUCGGAUAGAGCCUUGGGGUCUCAGGCCAGUCUCCAGGACUUCGAAUACCGAGGUACGCCGUGGCAGCUUCAAUGCUGGUCAGGUCUUUGUCCCGGGCGAUCUGAGGAGCUUCAGGGUCUUGGAAAAGCUGAAAGCCGACACAUUGCCCUUCAUCGAAUCUUCCCCGGAAGAGAAUACCUUCAAGGCGGUUGAUGAAGAGUUCGAGACUGCACGCCAAAUGAACGUAUGCAAGGGAAAUCACCACUGCGCAUUUGCGGCCAAAGAACGCAAGAACCUUGUUGAUAAAUAUAUCCACGAUGCGAUCAAUACAGUCGGUCAAGUACAUCGACCGGAGGUCUCAUUGCCGGCAUCCCUUGAGCAGAUGACGCCCCUCUUGACGACCACAACUUUCCACCAUUGA